UAUACAUGAGGUGCCGACAAUGAGAAGAUAGAAAUUGCAAAAAUGAGAUGGCUACACUCUCCAAAACAUCAAAAACCUUUAUGUGCGAGAAAUUAUUAACUCCUCUGACAAAGGGUUGCAUUUUUAACAAAAAAAAAAAUUAUUAUUUUUAACAAAAAAACAAAUUAAAAAUUACAACUAAUUACUUUCCAAACUGGAGCGAAUGCAGCAUGCAAUUAGAAAUUCCAACGAGUUGCGACCCCGAUUAUCGCAUGAAAAGUAUUGGUUUUUGGAAAGAAAAUCUCAAAUCGUAUUUAAUACCUUAUGUAUCGCAAGCUGUUGGAGCAUUUUGUAAACUAAAUCAAGAUGUUACAGCUUGGAAUCAUACAGAAGGCGCUGCUGUUGCCUUUGAUGCCAUUGAAUAUGAACGUGAACGUGACGAUUGCCCGAUGUAUUUUGAUGAUGGCCAAAAUCCCUGGCGUCUCUCGGAUGCUGCCAAUAUUAUAUUUGAUUGGAAUUUGUAUAAAGGCGGAUCAAAUCGUUUACAUAAUUACUUCCCCAGAGUUACUUAUACUGUACAUAAGUUUUUUAUAUAUCAAUUUUUAGAUAGUUUUCAUUCUUAA